AUGGGUGAAUACAUUGGCAACAUACAGGAGAAAGUAGAAGGUGUGUUUGGUGAGGCAUUGGCGUCGAGACAGUUGGCAUUGGUCAACUUUACAGGACUUGGACCACCAGACUUGUGUGUACUGAUCAAGAGCUAUGAACCACCAAGAUUCGUACCGGGACUCAAACCACAGAAGCUGUCUUCAUUCCACUGGGUGAGUGGCGUAGACACUAGUUCGGCAUCAUCGAUCGCAGUCUACUUGGGCACACUGGUCGAGCACCAGGAGAAGUCAUCAUUUGGUCGUGGCAGCUACAAGAUUGAAGGCUGUCACUUUUGUGCCUAUAACUGCUUCCUAAAGAUGGAUCUGCACGUGGAGAUUGGCAUCAACAACUCAACACCAGUAGUCUACAGCGUUGGUGCGAGUGGUGAGAAGAACACUGUAGAGGAGUCAUUUUGGCGUGAGACCUACCUCUCUUCAAUGCUUCGGGCCAUCCAGUCGCCUCCACCCUUCUUGCGUCCAGUCAAGAUACUGCCUGCUCUCAAGGACACCACUGAGGAGGCUGCCUUCCUUGCCCUCUGUCAUCAGCACUUCUGGCAGGGCAGGAAGCUUGGUGGCUUGGACGGUGAAUACGUCGACAGACAGAUGCAAACACUCAAUGGAUCAGAGGCAUUCGAGACGGAUGACAGCAACAAUCUAUUGGUACAGACACUGUGCAACUACUUUGCAUCGAGGAAUCGUUACGAGCCAUUGCGCCAGUUCUUUGAGGAGUUUAGAAAGACUGAACCCACGGUCACUUCGGUCAUUGCCUAUGCCCAAACAAUGAUGACUGACUUCCAGGCAGCCACAGACUCUCUCACCGAGGCUUUGAAGCAACAGCCCGAGUCAACAUCAUUGCUCAUGACAUUGGCUGAGACCCUGCUUGCCCAAGCAAAGAAGGAAUCAGCACACUCUGACAAGUCGGUUGAACUCUCAACCACUGCUCUCAAGACCAUCUUGAAAUCAAUUGCCUUGAAGCCUCUAUUGGUGCGUGGUUGGAAGAUUGCUGCUAGGAUCCUUGUACAACUUGGUCAAUUUGAAUGGGCAUUGAUUAUGAUCAACAAUGCACCAUUCCUAAAGAAUGACGCAAUGAUUGAUCGUAUUGGCAAGGCAAAGUACCAGAGAGUGACACCGCCACCAGAUCAUCCAAACAUGUGGACCAUACUGGAGGAUGAGGAAUUGGAGUUUGACGAGGAGCAAGGUGAUGAGUUCUUGAAACAGCUUACCUCUCUCUCGUUGAGGGGUGAAUCAUCCGAGGUCUAUACGCUACUGGUCUCGAUGUUUAGGAAGAUAGGAUGGCUACAACUAAACGAGAAGAAGUCAAAGGUGUUGGACGAGCUGGCCGUAUCUAUCCGCACCAAACAGAGAAAGGAGAGAGAGCACCAAACUCAAAACGAUGGAUCUGGCAGUCAGGCGUCGCUCACAAAAGAUGGUCACAACACAACCUCACCAGUCAACAGAGCUCAAGCCACCGAGAACACUGUGAUGACCGAUGGCUCCUUGACCGAAGGCUCUGAGUCACACAAUCCCGUACCUGAAUCAAACAUUCCAAAGGAGGGUCUUUGGGGAGAGGAGGACGUCACCUCUGAUGGCAGUGAUAUUGAAGAGGACCACGCAGAAGAUCACCAAAAGGACAACACGUCCUCCGACGUAGUUACAGACAGCUCAACCUCUACCACCACUACAUCAACAACAGAGCCAGCCUUGUCACAGCAACAGGAGAAACGACCUACACGAGUGAACUUUGAUGAGAACACUGUCAACCUUCAAGAUCUAAACACAGUACUCGAAUCAUUUAUCAAUCACUUUGGUCUGGACUCUCUCAAAGAUAGGAAGGAGCAUCAUCUUGUUGAGCUUGGUGGAUUCAAGGCCAACCUGCCCGCUGUUGAAAUCCACAGGAACGUUGAGCUUGCCUUCCACGCCUUGUUCCAGGACUACAAAUCGUUCCAACAGUGGAGGGAAGAAGAGGAAACAAAGAAGUCCACGCUCGAACACUUUAGCAAUGUCACGAUGAAGAACAUCAAUCCCAACAGGACACUUGCCGAUUGGAUCAGACUUGGCCAGCUGGCCUAUCGUCUAGAGGAGUUGGUAGAAGCGGAGAGGAUACUCAAAUUGAUCACCAACGAGAAGUUCCAUCCCAAGUCAGUGGAGUGUCUUGUAAAGAUAUUCGAGAUUGUUGGCGACAUUAGGAAUUGCCUGUUGUCAUCGUCCUCACUGAGCAGAUACUACUCGGACCGACUGAAGAUCCUAGAGGUUCAUCCAAUCGUGGAGAAGGCCGUGUUGAAUCUGGUGUCCACCUAUGGCUUGCAAAAAGUGCGCACCAUCCAUGCUCAGAUACCGGACCUUCAUCCAAGUAUUGGAAGCACCUAUUUGGACUCUGUCAAAUGGCGAUCAUAUGGAUUUGAUCGUUAA